CGCCUAAUAUCGAUACUCUCUCGUUUUAGCCCAACUUCACCUGAAGCGUGUGCUUCACGGGAAUUCUAAUAUCUUGGUGGGGUUAGAGCCGAGUUUGAAAUCAACUAGCCUGAAUAAUCACGGAUUAAUGUAUGUCAACUAAGGAUCCCUGCAAACAGUUUGCGUGCAAGCUACAGAAGUGUUUAAAAGAGAACGUUUAUCAACCGGCUCGCUGUGAGGAAGUGAUAGAAGAACUACGCCAGUGUUGUAUUAAACACGCUUCCGAAUCCCUCGUUUGCGAUGGUAUAGAUACAUCAAAACCCUACGAGCACAACACCAUUGAUUACAGAAAAAGUACCAAAAGAAUAUGAAACCAAGACGUGCAG